CGGAGAGCCGGCGCGCUCCCAGCCCCGGGAAAGCCCCGGCGACGCGACUGCAAGCCGGGGUCCCUCGGAGCCGCCAGGGCGCGCCGGGCUGCUCGCCUUCCUGCCCCUCCCGGCAGGGAUCCCCCCGCUGCCGGCGGCCGGGACUUCGGGCCUCUUCAGGGCUUAGUCCCAAGCCCGCGCCGCGGGUCGGGCUUCUCGGGGGGUCUUCAGAGGGGUUCUCCCUGCUCCUUAAAUCGGCGCCAAGGGGCCCCACCCCAGGCCCCCUGCUCUGGCCCCAGCAGCCCUCGCGCUCCCGAUGCGCUGCCCCGCAGCUCCCUGAAAGCUGCGAGCCCACAAGCCCGGCCGGCGGGCGGCGGCGGCGGCGGCGGACUGACAUGCCCCGGACGCGGCUGCGGCCGGCGGGCAGCCCGCGGGGGCGAUGAGCCGCUGGGGCCGGUGAGGAGCCCGGCGGCGGGGGCUUCGCGCACCUUCCUCACCCCCCUCACUUGCCCACCCCGCUCGGGAGACCGACAGGAAACGGUCUCUGGCCUGUCAGGAGGACCCCUGGUGCUGUGGUGGAAGCCAGCGGCUAAGUCUCGUGUAUGGCGUGGUUAAGGUUGCAGCCUCUCACCUCUGCCUUCCUCCAUUUUGGGCUGAUUACUUUUGUGCUCUUCCUGAAUGGUCUUCGGGCAGAGGCUGGCACCUCAGGGGAUGUGCCCAACACAGGGCAGAACAAUGAGUCCUGUUCAGGGUCAUCGGACUGCAAGGAGGGUGUCAUCUUACCAAUCUGGUACCCGGAGAACCCUUCCCUUGGUGACAAGAUUGCCAGGGUCAUUGUCUACUUUGUGGCCCUGAUAUACAUGUUCCUGGGGGUGUCCAUCAUUGCUGAUCGCUUCAUGGCAUCUAUUGAAGUCAUCACUUCUCAAGAGAGAGAGGUGACUAUCAAAAAGCCCAAUGGAGAGACCAGCACAACCACGAUCAGGGUCUGGAAUGAAACUGUCUCCAACCUGACCCUCAUGGCCCUGGGUUCCUCUGCUCCUGAGAUCCUCCUCUCUCUAAUUGAGGUGUGUGGUCAUGGGUUCAUUGCUGGUGAACUCGGACCUUCAACCAUUGUGGGCAGUGCAGCCUUCAACAUGUUCAUUAUCAUUGGCAUCUGUGUCUAUGUGAUCCCCGAUGGAGAGACUCGCAAGAUCAAGCACCUACGAGUCUUCUUUGUCACUGCUGCUUGGAGCAUCUUUGCCUACAUCUGGCUCUAUAUGAUCCUGGCAGUCUUCUCUCCUGGUGUGGUCCAGGUUUGGGAAGGCCUCCUCACUCUCUUCUUCUUUCCGGUGUGUGUCCUUCUGGCCUGGGUGGCAGAUAGGCGACUGCUCUUCUACAAAUACAUGCACAAAAAGUACCGUGCAGAUAAACACCGAGGAAUCAUCAUAGAGACUGAGGGUGACCACCCCAAGGGCAUUGAGAUGGAUGGGAAAAUGAUGAACUCCCACUUCCUAGAUGGGAACCUGGUGUCCCUGGAAGGGAAGGAAGUGGAUGAGUCCCGCAGGGAGAUGAUCCGGAUUCUCAAGGAUCUGAAACAGAAGCACCCAGAGAAGGACUUAGAUCAGCUGGUAGAGAUGGCCAAUUACUAUGCUCUUUCCCAUCAACAGAAGAGCCGUGCCUUCUACCGGAUCCAAGCCACUCGGAUGAUGACUGGCGCAGGCAAUAUCCUGAAGAAACACGCAGCAGAACAAGCCAAAAAGGCCUCCAGCAUGAGCGAGGUGCAUGCAGAUGAGCCUGAGGACUUUGUCUCCAAGGUCUUCUUUGACCCAUGCUCUUAUCAGUGCCUGGAGAACUGUGGGGCUGUACUCCUGACAGUGGUGAGGAAAGGGGGGGACACGUCCAAGACCAUGUACGUGGACUACAAAACAGAGGAUGGUUCUGCCAACGCAGGGGCUGAUUAUGAGUUCACAGAGGGCACUGUGGUCCUGAAGCCAGGAGAGACCCAGAAGGAGUUCUCCGUGGGCAUCAUUGAUGAUGACAUUUUUGAGGAGGACGAACACUUCUUUGUGAGGUUGAGCAAUGUUCGCCUAGAGGAGGAGCCGCCAGAGGAGGGGAUGCCUCCAAUAGUACUCAAUAGUCUUCCCUUGCCUCAGGCUAUCCUGGCGUCCCCUUGUGUGGCCACAGUCACGAUCUUGGAUGAUGACCACGCAGGCAUCUUCACUUUUGAAUGUGACACGAUUCAUGUCAGUGAAAGUAUUGGUGUCUUGGAGGUCAAGGUUCUGCGGACAUCAGGUGCCCGGGGCACAGUCAUCGUCCCCUUUAGGACAGUAGAAGGGACAGCCAAGGGUGGUGGAGAGGAUUUUGAAGACACAUAUGGAGAGUUGGAAUUCAAGAAUGAUGAAACUGUGAAAACCAUAAGGGUUAAAAUAGUAGAUGAGGAGGAAUACGAAAGGCAAGAGAAUUUCUUCAUUGUCCUUGGUGAACCGAAAUGGAUGGAACGUGGAAUAUCAGAGGUGACAGACAGGAAGCUGACUAUGGAGGAAGAGGAAGCCAAGAGGAUAGCAGAAAUGGGAAAGCCAAUAUUGGGUGAACACCCCAAACUAGAGGUCAUCAUUGAAGAGUCCUAUGAGUUCAAGAGUACAGUGGAUAAGCUGAUCAGGAAGACAAACCUGGCCUUGGUUGUGGGGACUUAUUCCUGGAGGGACCAGUUCAUGGAGGCCAUCACUGUCAGUGCAGCAGGGGACGAGGAUGAGGAUGAGUCAGGCGAAGAGAGGCUGCCCUCCUGCUUUGACUACGUCAUGCACUUCCUAACGGUCUUCUGGAAGGUGCUGUUUGCCUGCGUGCCCCCCACAGAGUACUGCCAUGGCUGGGCCUGCUUCGUGGUUUCCAUUCUCAUCAUCGGCAUGCUCACAGCCAUCAUCGGGGACCUGGCCUCCCACUUCGGCUGCACCAUUGGCCUCAAGGACUCGGUCACAGCUGUUGUCUUUGUGGCAUUUGGCACCUCUGUGCCAGAUACGUUUGCCAGCAAAGCAGCCGCCAUCCAGGACGUGUACGCAGACGCCUCCAUUGGCAACGUCACGGGCAGCAACGCGGUCAACGUCUUUCUGGGCAUUGGCCUGGCCUGGUCCGUGGCCGCCAUCUACUGGGCCCUUCAGGGACAGGAGUUCCAUGUGUCAGCCGGCACGCUGGCCUUCUCUGUCACCCUCUUCACCAUCUUCGCGUUCGUCUGCAUCAGCGUGCUCUUGUACCGCCGGCGGCCCCACCUGGGCGGGGAGCUGGGCGGCCCUCGUGGCUGCAAGCUGGCCACGACCUGGCUCUUCGUGAGCCUGUGGCUUCUCUACAUACUCUUUGCCACGCUGGAGGCUUACUGCUACAUCAGGGGGUUCUGAGCCACAGAACCAGGCCUCCCACUGGGCAGGCCCAGGACUCCUAAGAGAAGGGCGCUUCCCUACCCAGAGAAGGGCGCUUCCCUACCCAGUGACCUCUCCCGGAUACUCAGCCCUGGAGAGGUAGCAUCAGGACCCGAGCCCCAGGAACUUCACCCGACUAGGCCCUGGCAGUGAACUGAAAGGGCAGAGUCAAUCAAUCCAACAGAAGGGAGGAAACACCCACUUUACAAAGUACUUAACUCAAUACAAACCAACAACAGCAACAAAUCCACCUCCACCCCAUCUUCCCACCAUGUCCCUGACCCAUAGCAAAGGGCAGACCCUUUUGCCAUCUUUUAUUUCACCUUCUUCUGAAUAUUCCUUUGCUUCUACUUUCCUCAGGGGCAGGGUGUCUCCUGUCUGUCAAGUUCAAUACAUCACCGCUCUCACUCAGCCGGCGAGGCGUGAAAAUGAGUCUGAUCCACGUGGCUGGUUUGGGGUUCUCUUUUCAUUGUAAUCAUGAUUGUGGUUGCUUCGUUUCCCCAUCAGGUUUUGCUCAUUGAUUGUUUGUUCAUCUUGUCUUUCCUUUUGGAGGUUAGUGACAGAGGUGCUGUGAUGGAGCUCAAGGGUAGAGGCAGGAACUUCCAGACACACACACUCCCACUCACACUGGGUAACAGCUGUCUCUUGCUCUAUCCAGGUCCUGUCCGCCAUCCCCUUUUUCCUCUGCACUCUUGAGUGGACUGAUGGUGUCUGGGUGGUAGUAAGUUUGCACACCCGUGCAGGGCACUAAAGGACAGGGGCUGUGGCAGGAGCAGGAACAGCUUUCUGUCAAACUUCGGUCGAAAUCCGGUUUAAAACGAGAAGUCGUUCUCUCCCCUGACCGGGCCUUUCAGAUUCUUUCUGUCUCGUCGUGUCAAUGUCUAUGUGUUUAUCCUUCUGCGGGAAGACCCUCCAAGUGGGAGAGAGGGGACAAAAAUAGGAAUGGGAUGUGAUGACCCAGGGCAGCUCAGGAAGCAGGAGGGAUCUCUGCCUUCUAGAGCAUCUUUGGCUUCGUAUCGGAGGCAGGAGAGACGUCCACCUAGUGAGAUCUCUAAGGGGGGAGAUAUUUCACGUCUGCACUUUUGAGAAAUGUCAGUUUCACCACCCCUCACUUUCUAACCUGCCAGACUGAGAACUCUGAGUGUAUUUCUUGAUUUAAUGCGAAAACUUAGAGGUAUAUAAGGAAAUGAGGGGCUCCUGCCACCUCUCCUGAACGCUCGGGUCGUAUGUGAAAGCAUUUUCACAAGACAGGAACUGGAACUCCUCAUCUCUCCCACAUCCUUGCUUGUUUUUAAACUUCUGGAAGCACUUUUUCCAGCCUGUGGGCUAUUUCUUGCCCCAGUAGGAGGAAUCUUAGUUGCCAUAAUCCCACGGAGGCUGGGUUUAUUGAAAGAGAGGUUGCUGUGCCCUCCAGACCUUUUCCCAACAAAUUUUGAAAGGACCUGGCUUUAAAACACACACACACAAAUGACCACCCAUAUGAAAUCACCACAAAACUGCCCACAGAUCUUUAGGCUUUCUGCAUUGACAUAAAUACAUUUUUUAAAGGAAAAGAAGAAAUUAAAAUACACCUGUUUAAUUUUAAACACAUUUUUUAAGAAAAAAAAUUAAAAAAGAAACAGUGCUCAUGUCACAAGCUAUGUUGACAGUUGCUGGUGGAAAUGUUGGGUUGGUUUAAAAAAAUAAUAAAAGCUAUACUUAUCUCUCUCUAAA